AUGUGGUCCCUCGCUGCCAGAGCGCUGCUCGCGGCGUGCCUGCCCGUGCUCGCGCGUGCGGAUGUCUACAGUCUCGCCGACCUUUCGUGGACGCUGCACAACGAGAAUGGCUCGAUCGUCGUCCCCGCGAAGGUGCCCUCGCAGGCGCAUCUCGACCUUCUAGCCGCUGGCGUCAUCGAGGAGCCGCUUCUAGGGCAGAACGAGUUCUAUCAGCGGUGGAUCGUGAACGAGACCUGGACGUAUACGGCUGACCUCACGCCGUUCACGCAGGCGGUUCCCCAGAGCCCGCUCCAAAAGACCCUCCUUGUCUUUUAUGGCUUGGACACGGUUGCGAACAUCACUGUCGCUGGACAUCCCGUCGCAUGGGUGGACAACCAGUUCAGACAGUAUGUCUACGAUGUGACAGACCUGAUCAACUCACCAUCAGAGGCCGACAACAAUGUCACCGUAGUGUUCGAAUCGGCGUAUCUCUACGGCCUCAACGUCACCUCUAUUACUUACGAAAACCCGCUGACGCCUGACUUCGAGUACUCUGGCUUCCGGCAAUAUCUCCGCAAGACCCAAUCUGACUUCGGAUGGGACUGGGGCCCGGCAUUCGUUCCCGCGGGAAUCUUCCGCCCCGCGUACCUCGUCACCCUGACCGAAGUGCCCACCUUCGAGACCUCCACAGGCACACCCGCCGACUACCACUGCUCGCGCGGACAAGUCGCAUAUAGCACGCCAAACCAAGCCGCCGACUGGGUCGUCAACGUCACGCUCGGCGUGCGCUCCCUCGGCCUCAGCAGCGGGCCGCUCACCGUGCAGACCAUCCCGGCGAGCACGGACGAGCCCACGUUCGUCACCGCGAGCAUGACCGUGCCAGAGGGCGUCCCCGCGCGGUGGUGGCCCGCGGACCUCGGCGCCCCGACGCUGUACAACGUCACGGUCACCCUCGCGCUCGGCGACAUCCUUGGUACCACGAUUGACGCCGCGUCGUUCACGGUGCGCUCGGGCUUCCGCACGAUCGAGCUGCUCCAGACGCCGGGGAUCACGCCGGGUGAUCAGUGGCAUUUCGCGGUCAACGGACAGGAGUUCUACACGAAGGGGACGAACAUCAUCCCGUUCGACCCGUUCUAUCCGAGGAUCUCGACGGAGAAGGUGAGAUGGGUGCUCGAGAGCGCGGUGCUCAGUGGUCAGAACAUGCUGCGCGUAUGGGGUGGCGGUAUCUACCAACCAUCCGACGCACUCACGGGCGGGUACGACUUCUACUCACUCUGCGACGAGCUCGGCAUCCUCGCGUGGUCCGAGAUGAUCUUCAGCGACGCGACGUACCCGCUGAACGACUUCCUGCUGGAGUCGAUCGCGCCCGAGGUGCGCGAGAACGUCCGCCGCAUCAACAAGCACCCCAGCAACGUGCAGUGGGCAGGCGGAAACGAGAUCGAGAACAUCGUGAUCGGGAUCAACCAGACGUACGCGAACGGGACGCAUUAUCUCGACGAGUAUGUGUACCUGUUCCAAGACUUCUUGUACGACCUCACGUACGAGGUGCAGCAGUCGGUUCCGUACACCGACUGUUCGACGACGAAUGGUAUCCUAAGCUUGGAUCCUCUGGUUCAAAGGUUUGAUAACAAGACACCUGGGUACAUCUAUGGGAACACUGAGCGAUUGGGUGUCAGCUUCCACUCGAUGCCGUCCUUCUACAGCUGGGAAGAGGCGCUGACCUCGCCCGAGGAUUUCUACUUCAACUCUUCCACUGUCGUUGCUCGUGACCACCACCCGCCCGCAGGGAGCCUCGCAUGGCCGAACCCCAACGCCCCCCAAGGUCAAGGCCAGAUGACGAUGGGUGUCGAGUACUGGCUUCCCACGCCCAACACGACGGACACGAACCAGACCUUCGCGCAAUGGUGCUACUCCACGCAGAUCUUCCAGUCCAUGAACAUGAUCUCCGAAAUCGCGUGGUACCGGCGCGGCGCGGGGCUCGGCGAGAACAACCUCGGCGCGCUCGUCUGGCAGCUGAACGACAUCUGGCAGGCGCCGUCGUGGGCCGCGAUCGAGUACAGCGGCCGGUGGAAGGUGCUCAACUACGGCAUGGCCAGCAUAUACACGCCCGUCGUCGUCUAUCCGUUCUGGACGCCGGACAACGAGACGCUCGACAUCAUGGUGACGAACGAUCGGCCGUAUGCGGUGAACGGGACGGCGCGGCUGACGUGGUACGAUUGGGCGGGGAACGAUCUGUGGCCGAUGGUGCAUGAGUUCGAGGUACCGUCGCUGAACAACACGGUGGUGAUGAGCAUGCAGGGCUUCGAGGCGAUCCUGCCGGAGGGUGCGACGCCGACGAGCGCCUGGAUGCUGUUGAAUGUUUCGACGACGCUGGCGGAUGGCCGAACGUACACUCCUGCGUCGCUCGCGGACGCUGAGCUCGUCGACCCACAGAGUGGUGUUGCUCCAUAUGCGUGGGUGGACCAUCCUUCGGGGACUGUUGGUACUUCAUCGACACCACAACCGGAGCGCCGUCCAACGGGUUCUACCUUGUGCCAGGGAUUGACCGCACGGUGA